UGCAGGCAGACUCGGACAGAUACAUUUACAAUGCUGCUUGAACCAGUUUUAUUUUUCUUUGCAUUUUCCAUUAAGAUUGUCUCAGGGGCAGAUUGGUGCUACCUGUCUGAAUUUACAUGCAGUCACGCCUGCCCAGUGCCAGACGUAUGGGGAAGUGUUUCACAGCACUGCCGCGGCAGAUCUCAGUCUCCAGUGAACAUUGUUACAAAGAGAGUGCUACCAGAUGGACGACUCACUCCUCUUCAGUUCAUUGGCUAUCAAGACACCUUUCACGGUCGCCUCAUAAACACUGGUCACAAUGUUCAGCUAGAUUUGCCCCAAAGUAUAAGGAUCAACAGAGGAAAUCUGGCUGCAUCAUACAAGGCACUUCAACUUCACCUGCAUUGGGGUAAAGAUGGAGGUCCGGGAUCUGAACACAUGAUUGACGGAGAACAAUUUCCAAUGGAGAUGCAUAUUGUCCACAUAAAAGACGAAUACAACUCUUUAUCCCAGGCUGUAGGAGACCGCACAGGUGUGGCUGUUCUUGGAUUUAUCUUUCAGGUGUCCGAGUCUGCAAAUAAGAAGUUUGACCCCCUGAUAAAUGCCCUGGAAUAUAUCACACAACCCACCAACAGUACAACACUGAGGGGUGUGUCCCUGGAAAUGUUCAUUCCUCCUCAGAAGAAUUUGACCAAGUACUUUCGCUAUGAUGGCUCCCUCACUACACCUAACUGUGCUGAAGCUGUCGUCUGGAGCCUGUUUGAAAACACCAUCCCUCUCGACAGGAAACAGCUUGCUGCGUUCUCCCAGCUUCAGUUUCCAAAUGGAAAGGAGAUGGUUAAUACCUACAGACCAGUGCAGGCCUUGAAUGGACGGCAGGUGUAUUACUCUGGGAGCCAUGUUGCUGUGGUUAGCUCUGUGCUACUCAUCAUAUCAGUGCUGGUAUCCAGUGCACUCUCCGUGUAGACUACAGGAUAAAAACUCUUUAAUUUUACACUACUGUGAUGAUUAUCAAAUACAUAAGAUGUAACUGCCAAUAGAUCCUCCUAUUGUUCUAAAUUUAUCAUCUCAACAUCUCAUAACUGAUGUAUUUUUUGAUUUCUGAAAUAAAAAAUGUUUUACCGAUGACUGAUCAAUCAGUUGUUUUUACUUUUGAUUGCAAAGUUUCCAUGAAUUGUGACCGAGAACAGUUUACAGACUAGGGGACUAUUAAUUGAUAUGGUUAAACUGUCUCUUGUGGUAUGUUGUCACAAUUAUUUCACUUGUGAUACUGAAGUGUUUCCUUCCUCUCUUGCAGACAUUUGAACUCUGAACUGUAUUUCUUUUUUCUACUUCAGCCUCUUGCCAGCUAAUCAUCUAAGUGCACUGUACACUGUUUCCUCUCACCUAUAUGUAUAUUAUGCAAAUAAUGUAAUAAAUGUAAUGUAAAUAAAAGUAUAC